AUGCAUGUUAACUUCCUGUUGUUUGUAGAGAGAGGAGUGAAGUUCUCCAGCCAGACAGAGGCUUUGUACUACAGGGUUCUAGAGGCUGUCAUCAAUCAGGAGAGGAAGAGGCUGGGAGCCAAAGACAUUUUAGGCAUUCUGGAGCAUGAUCUGUCCCAGCGCUCUCUAGUGGCCUGUUGUCUGGAGAUGGUCAUCUUCUCCCAUCAGCCACCAGGCAGCUUUCCCCUGGUCAUUGACAUCUUUAGCCUGGCGCCAUACGACUUCUACAAGGUGAUAGAGCUGGUGCUGCGGGCUGAGGAGGGCUUGCUGCCGGGUGUGGUCAGGCAUCUGACCCAUAUAGAGGAGCAGGUCCUGGAUUGUCUGGCCUGGAGGAGAGACUCACCACUCUGGGACCAGAUCAGAGCUGCUAAGGGUCAGGGACAGCUGCCUGCAUACCAUCAGAUGGCUGCUUGCCCUAUCACACCAGUCAGCCCAUCCCAGUCCUCCUCUGUCAUUGUUACUGGACAGACUGUAGUCACCAUGGCAUCAGCCACUGUCACCACCAACAAUGGCCAGUCAGUCAGCAUACCGGUUCGAGCCAUCACAUUUACCCUCAGUGUUGUAGGUCAGCCCAUUCCUCCACAGCAAGUCUCCAGCACCUCUACCCAGCAGCCCCAGAACCCUCUACCCUCUACCCAGAGUAAGGGCUCCAUCUCACUGUUCCUCCGCAAGGUCUACCACCUGGUGAGCAUGCGUCUGAGGGACAUCUGUGUUAAACUGGACAUCUGUGAGGCGCUGCGGCUGGAGAUCUGGACCUGCGUCGAACACUCCUUGGUCCACUGCACUGACCUUAUGCUAGACCGACACCUGGACCAAAUACUCAUGUGUGCCAUCUAUGUCAUGGCCAAGGUAUUCAGAAGUGUUCUGAUCUCAGGGAGAAACACCAAGACGUCACAAAACUCUCCUGGAGGAUCCAACAGAGAAAACAGACCCAGAGCUCCCUGUAGCCCGGGCCAGGAGGAGAGAGGACACCUCAUCUAUUUCUACAACACUGUCUAUGUCAAACAGAUGAAGGACUUUGCCCUGCGCUACACCUCCAGCUCUCUGACCAUAGCCCGGGUUGAAACCCCUCCCCUUUCGCAAUACCCCUGCCAGCGUAUUGGAUCCUUGCGCAGACUCCGCCCCUCCAACCACCAUUCCCUCUACAUCUCACCCCACAAGCCCAGCACACACCCCUCCCCCCGCACUGGGAGUCUGAGAGAGAUCAGCGACAUGAUGAAGACAUUUCAGUCACGCACCAGGAAGUGCUGUGCAGCCCAGCUGCAGGAGGACGGUGAGGAGGAGGGUGGACCGCUUGCGAAGAGACCCUGUCAGGAUAGACCGUCAAACUUGCAGAGAAAGCUCAGGGACUUCGACCAGGCACUGAUGAGGGCCCAGAACCAGCAACAAGCUCAGACCAGGGCCAAGGCACAGCACCAAGCAACAGCACACAAUGGGACGCAUUGA